AUGUCUUCACCGCCGCAAUCGCCGCCGCAAAAUCCCACCUCCAUGUUUUCUCCGCCGCAGAAACCCGCCGCGAAAACCCAGUUUUCAGACAUUCUGGAGGACAUCAUACUCUGUGAAAUCCUCCCAAGACUUCCCGUCAAAUCUCUUUUCCGAUUCAAAUCCGUCUCUACAAAAUGGAGGUCGGUCAUCUCAGAUCCCCAAUUCGCCAAAACCCAUUUUACCCACUUAUCUUCUCUCUCCUCGAGGUCUGUUCUUACCCUUGACUAUUCUAGCAACUUUGAGGCUCUUGAUUAUGGAGAUUUCAAUCUUGAUUAUGAAGAUUUCAAUCUUGUUUUCAGCAGAUUUGGCCGUAAUACUCGUAUAAUUGCUUCCGAUAAUCUUGAUUUCAGCAAACCUAAUAAUUCACCUUUCAAUUCUUUGGUUGAUUCUUGUAAGGGUUUAGCUUUGUUGGUUCCUGAUUAUUGUUUUAAUUCUGAUUUUCGUUUUGUGGUUUAUAAUCCUGUUCUUGGUCAUCAUGCUUUUAUUGAGAUUCAACAUCCUCAAGGACUUCAUGUUCCUAAUGAACAAUUGACAUAUGAAAACCUUAGUUUUGGGUUUGGUUAUGUUUCAUCUCAUAAGGAUUACUACAUUGUUGCCAUUAAGUUUCCUCAGUGCUUAACUCGUCCCGAGUCAGUUGCCUUUGUAUACUCGCUUAAAACCCGAGAAUGGAAAACUAAAGAAACACCGCGAAAAGAUCAGGAAAAUAGGCUGGUAUUGCAAGAUUACUGGGUUAAUAGAAUUGGAGUACUGCUGAAAGAAACUUUGCAUUGGGGUAUUGCAAUAGGACAGGAUAAGUGUAUUCUUGUCUUUGAUUUGGCUACUCAGGAGGGGUUUACAAAGAUGGAAUUGCCUCAUGCCAAUUUUGGGGAAGGUGUAAAUUUUGCUUUUAGUUUGUGCUGUUUGAAUGAUUGCUUGUGUGCUUGGGGAAUUUAUGAGGAUGGAGAUGUAGUAGAGAUGUGCAUGAUGAAAGAAUAUGGAGUGCAGGAAUCAUGGACCAAGUUGUUUCAUCAAAGAUUGGAUGAUUAUUAUUGUCGCGAUUUUUUUGGAUUUACAAAGUCUGAAUGGGUUUUGGUUUUCAAGUCUAGGGAUGAGCUAAUGCUUGCUGACUUCAGUCGCGAUCCUCCAGAAACUCUUUUGGUUCCUAAUUUUGAUGACAAAGUGAGUGUAGUGGAAUAUGUUCAAAGCCUUGUGUCACCUCUUGCUGUAACUGGAAGGGAAGAGGAUGGAUGA